AUGUCUUAUUCUUUCCCCCAGUAUAAUAACUUUACACCCUCGGAGAAUUACAAAACUCCAUACCCUAAUAUUCCCAAUCAAUUUGCAGGUAGUUCACGUCCUUUUGGUGGCCAGCAGGAUACCAUGUCUCCCUCCCCUGAUUCGAAUGGGUCGUUGCAUUCUGAUGGCAUGAUCUCUCCAUCCCUGGACCCGUUUUUUCAACAGAGGCCAGCAAACUCACCCAUUCUUAUGCAGCAAGAGCAUGAACCUAUGGGAGGAAAUGGACUGUUAAGCGCAUAUAUGCGACUCGAAGAGCAGGUCAAAGCCUCACCGAACCCUGUUGGCCUCAGUACCCUCCCCCCUCAGAGUCUGCCUGUGACGCUCAAGGCAAAGGAAAUCUCGGUCCCAUCCUACAAUCGUGCCGACUUCCCCAGCAAGUUCAUAUGGACGAAGGAAGACUGGAAGAAGCUCCAGGAAAAACCGUCGACCCAGCUCGAAAAGUCGCAUCCACUGCGCUUCGUGGUUGACAAGAGUAAUAGGCCUAUUCCGUUGGAGCGUGUCACAGCAAUACGUACCACAUCCCGACGGGUGUUUGUGGACAUCUGGAACAUCAAUGAGGCUCCCAAAAGCUGGGGAGCAGCAUCGGGAUCUGCUAGUAAGCUGUACUACCGAGAAAUGGUAACAUUCUUCCCCGAGCUUGGCUACUGUGACGGCAACUGGAAAUGUGAUGCCAUUGCGACUGCUAGCUAUACCUCUUGGCGCAAGAAUCAUAUCAACCGCUUGGAUCGUGAAGGGACUUGCAAGCCAAAGGCAGAAGACAUCAUCGAUUUUGAUAGCCUCGAGACGCUGGACUCUGACGAUGCUGAGGAUACUGACACAAAGACUAAUAUCAACACUAAGACCACCAAACGGCAGACCCGCGAUUCGGAACCGCUUGACAUCAGGUCAAAUUCCAGUAAGAAGCGGAAGUCCUCAGAGACAUCUACCACUGAAAGCGCAUCACCAUCACUACCAGUCUCAGAAGUCAUGGACUCAACUAGUCAAUCCCUUGUUCCAGAUGGGAAUACCCCACCAGAUUCACCCACUAGUAACGACCAUCCCAUUUCAACAAUCGCUGAGCCUCACACUGCUGGUUCCUCAAAGGAGACGACCACAUCUAGCGCCCCUGCCAGAUUCCGUGCACGGCCCUUGAAAUUUGCAAACCCACUUACUACUGUUGAACCUACUAACGCUAAUCGACCCCCAAUAAUUCAACCUUCCUCCUCUGAAGUUCAGCAUACGGCUCCAGCAGAUGAACCAAUAACUACACAGCCCACUAGUGAACCCAUGCCUUCCAUUGUACCGACCCCAGAACACUCCCCAGAUGGCUCUGUGAUCAUUUCCGAUGUCCACGCACCAGCCACCGUUCAAGUUGCUGCUGACCCGAUGCCAACUCCUAGCACAACCUCUGACAUGGUACCUCCACUGGAUGCCUCUACCAGCAAACCUCUCAAUGUGCUGGCAAAGAAGUCAAGGAAGAUGCAGAUCGGGAAAGCACAGAAUGGACGCAACCUGUGUGCACGUGAGUGGCUCACUCGUAACAAGACUGGAUCAGCAGCCGAGUUCAAGAUCCACUAUGAUGGACUGUCAGGAGCGCAGAAGAAGUCAUAUGAUGAGCUCGCUACCACGAAACGGGUGAAUGGCCCCGUUAGUGACAUCACUCUCCUUCCGACUUCUUGCGACCUCGCUGUCUCUUAG